AUGACGUCCAGCGCGGAAUAUGCUUCCAUGAUGGAAAUGGACGAGGCUCUUAUUCGGUAUUUUCUUGCCGGUCCUGAGGAGGUAGCGGAGAAGAACCUAAACGACCUGCUAGAGUUAAAAGCUUUGGUUCAGCCAUUGGAUCCCAAGGUGGCUUGGGAUGUGGUUCGUAGAAAUUGCGGAAACCGGCCGGCGACAAUUGAAUGCCUUCGGAAACUAGGAAAAAUGCACUCCGGCACGACUGCGAUGAAUGGCGUUAAGGGCAGAGCCCAUGAGAAAAAAGAGAAGAGUUUCUUUGGCUGGUUGUUCAAGAAGAAGACGAAACGUGCGACGUCAAUGUCAUCUCACGAAGAUGAGAGUAGUAAUUCUAAUCACCACGAUACACCUCCGCCAGCGGAAUUCGUGGAGAAUACAUCUUCUCAUACAAUUCCAGAUGAAUCGAGUGCAGAGCCCAUUACAAACGAAAAAGCGCAGGGUGCAGGCCAGUUUCUAUUGGCUCGUCCCUUUAUCAAGCGGACUCCUGAAGAAGAGGAACUAUCAAGGGAGUACAACUUUGCCAGUUCACCCAAUAAUGCUUCCUCCGUAAAACCUGAAGCUAGUGAGGAAUUUCAAAAAAUAUUUAACCAGUUUGUGAAAUCCAUGUCGUAA